AUGGACGAUACACCUGCGCCCAAGCUCUCAGAGCUGCUGCGACAUCCCGACGAUUUAGACAAAAUUCCUGCGCUUAAACAAGAAUUCUCACGCAAGAAGGGCGCCGUAGAUGGACAGCUCCGCAGCGGUCUGCGAGAGCAGCUCGAGACAACUCAAUCGGGUAUGACUGGGCUAAGCGAUGGCCAAAAGACAGUACAGAUGAUCAAGGAGGAAAUGAUCAAGAUCGAUAAGCUGUGCUCUGAGUCACAAAAUAUGAUAAAGGACUUUGCAAGUAUCAAUCUGGUAUCACAAGCACACCGUAACUUUGGGGCUGUCGAAACGAUGCGCCGCAACUUGGAAACGUUCAACGAGCGCAUAACGCGCGUGGAGGCUAUGCUAGCGGAGGACGACGAAGAUAACGACAACAUGCCAAACUUACUGCCGUGCCACUACGAGCUCACUCAACUAAGAAAUAUUCGCGACGAUGCUAUGGAGCAGAUACAAAGGGCAGACGAAGAUGGCCUUGAGGCGACACUGGUCGACUACUUUGCGCGACUGGACGAUACGAUCGAUUGGUUCGAUGAGCAUGUUGGUAUUAUUGCUCUGAACCUUAUCAACCUUGUUGUGCAGGAUAACAACGGUCUUGUGGUGCGAUUUGCGGUUGUGAUGGAAGCUGAGGAGUCGAGCGACCAGCGGGUGCUGGCACUGCAGGAAGCUCUGAAGGACCACAAGGAGAUGGCUACACGAUUCCAAAGUAUCACAGACGGUGCGAAGAAGGUCCGAGGCUACAAAGACAAGUUCAUACAGGCCAUUCGACUCAGCGCCGAGCAACAAUUUGAUGGUGCAAAGGAGGAAUUUCUCGACGACCCGAGCAAGCUCGACAAGAUUAUGAAGUGGUACUUCAAUGAUCUAAAUGUCGUUAAGGUCGGAAUGUCGCAUCUCAUGCCUAAGAAGUGGAAUAUUGUAAAGACUUACGCAGGGGUCUACCAUCAGCUUAUGCAUGACUUCCUAGUGGGCAUGGUAGAUGGCAACGAGGCAUCAUCGGCACACACUCUAGAAAUCGUUGGUUUCCCAGAGAAGUACUACCGAAAGAUGGCAAAGAUUGGUCUCAAGCAAGAAGAGCUUGUGCCACAGGUCAUUGACAACCGUGAAGCAGAGCUUGUCCGCGACUUCCGUGAGCUUAUCAUUAAGUUCCUCGACGAAUGGAUCGACCGAAUCUUCGCACAGGAGAAGCGCGACCUGGCAGAGCGCAACGUAGAGGGCUCCAACUUGGAUCAGGAUGAGUAUGGCUAUUUCCGAACCAAGAACUUUGUCGCUCUGUGGCGUAUGCUGCGCGAACAAGUAGACGCCGCCGCCAAUUCACAGCGCGCCGACGUCGUUGAAGGUGUCAUCGACGCAAUGUUUGCUCGUCUGCGCACUCGACAACAAUCGUGGCAAAAUAUGCUUGAGGAAGAGGCUAUCCCCUACGAAGAGGGUAAAAUCCCUGAGCUGGAGGGUUUCCAAGCGCUUCAGGACUGGCUUGUGGCUACAGCCAAUGACCAAAUCGCCUCUAUCGACGACAACGAAGAUGAGGGUCGCCUGGCUUAUCUCUCCAGCUUCCGUCGCUUGGUCGAGCAGCAUGUGUCGCCUGCAUACCUUGAACGUAUCGAUACUGAGGUCAACACGUUGCGUGAUGGCUACGUCGACUUCAGCACAUGGUGCAUCACCCGCUUCGCUCAACUCGUCUUCACAGUGGACUUUGGCACGGUCAUGCCUGACUUCUUCACGCCUCGCUGGUACACAAGUAAUGCUAUGAAACAGAUGGUGGUAACAUUCGAAGAGUACGUCAACGACUACCGCCAGGUACUACACCACUCUCUCGUGGACAUAUUUAUCGAAAUCUUUGCCGAGGAGUUGCUCGUCCGGUACCUAUCCGCCGUGCGCAACAAGGGCGCAAAGUUCCGUCGUACCGAUCCUUUCCAGGAUAAGUUGUUCAACGACAUUUCAACUGCGUUCGAGUGCUUCAGCACCCUACCAUCGCCCGAAGUCGGCGCUUCUAUCAAGGAUACCUGGCGUGUCACAGAGCACUUCCUACGCCUAUUGACAGCAGACCGUGAUGGCAUCGUUGACGCUUAUGUAGCUUUCAAGAUGGCCUAUUGGGAUCUGAAUCUUCAAUGGGUCGAGGUUGUACUGAGGACGAGAGAUGAUUUCGAGAGGUCUAUGGUAGCGGCGGUUAAGAAAGAGGCUGCCAAUAUCGAUAGUGCGCGUGGGCCAGAGACCAUCAUGAAUAGAGUGAAGUAA